GCUUGAUUUUCGCUUCCUGUCCAGCAGCUCCAGAUGGAGCAGAUCAAUGCGCGCAUUCCAGCUCAUUGUAACUGUAGCGGCAUGUGAUUUCAGCCCGUAAUGUCCGCGCGCUGGGUUGAGCACAAUGCAGUGAAUAUGGUGCCACUUGGAAACACGGAGCUUUGUGCACAGUUUACUUUGAAAUUACUUUUGAAGCUAUUAAUACGGUGUGAAACCGCAGCUGUCUCGCUCGAGGUUGUUCUGUUGAGGUGACUACAGAGCCAUGAGGUCCUCAUCCUCGCGUUUAUCAAGUUUUUCCUCCAGGGAUUCUUUAUGGAGCCGGAUGCCGGAUCAGAUCUCGGUGUCCGAGUUUCUCUCGGAGACGACGGAGGAUUACAAUUCCCCCACGACAUCCAGCUUCACCACCCGCCUGCAGAGCUGUCGGAACACGGUCAAUGUUCUGGAAGAGGCUUUGGACCAGGACCGAACAGCUUUACAAAAGGUCAAGAAAUCCGUCAAAGCAAUCUACAACUCUGGUCAAGAGCAUGUGCAGAAUGAAGAGAAUUACGGGCUGGCACUGGACAAGUUUGGCAGCAACUUCAUCAGCCGAGAUAACUCUGAUCUGGGAACAGCCUUCAUCAAGUUCUCUGGCCUUAUCAAGGAACUGGCCGCUCUCCUCAAGAACCUGCUCCAGAGUCUCAGCCACAAUGUCAUCUUCACCCUGGACUCUCUGCUCAAAGGAGAUCUGAAGGGAGUGAAGGGGGAUCUUAAAAAGCCUUUCGACAAGGCCUGGAAAGACUAUGAGACCAAGUUCACAAAGAUUGAGAAGGAGAAGAGGGAACAUGCCAAGCAGCACGGCAUGAUCCGUACAGAGAUCACCGGUGCAGAGAUCGCAGAGGAGAUGGAGAAGGAACGGAGGAUCUUUCAGCUGCAGAUGUGUGAGUACCUGAUCAAAGUGAACGAGAUUAAGACCAAGAAGGGAGUGGAUCUCCUCCAGAAUCUCAUCAAGUAUUAUCAUGCACAGUGCAAUUUCUUCCAGGAUGGCUUGAAAACCGCUGACAAGUUGAAGCAGUAUAUAGAGAAAUUAGCAGCUGAUCUCUAUAAUAUAAAACAGACCCAGGACGAAGAGAAAAAACAGCUCACAGCUCUCAGAGACCUCAUUAAAUCGUCUUUACAACUAGACCAGAAAGAGUCUAGGAGAGAUUCUCAGAGCAAGCAGAGCGGUUACAGUAUGCACCAGCUACAGGGCAAUAAGGUGUUUGGCAGUGAGAAGAAGGGCUAUCUGUUUAAGAAGAGUGAUGGGAUCCGCAAAGUGUGGCAGAGGAGGAAGUGCUCUGUGAAAAACGGCAUUCUCACCAUCUCCCAUGCCACAUCCAACAGGCAGCCGGUGAGACUGAAUCUGCUGACUUGCCAGGUUAAACCCAGUGGAGAGGAUAAGAAGUGCUUUGACCUCAUCUCCCAUAAUCGAACAUAUCAUUUCCAGGCAGAGGAUGAACAGGAGUUUGUGAUAUGGAUCUCAGUGCUGACUAACAGUAAGGAGGAGGCUCUGAACAUGGCGUUCCGUGGGGAGCAGAGUGCUGGAGAUGACAGUUUGGAAGACCUGACCAAAGCCAUCAUCGAGGACGUGCUGCGCAUGCCUGGAAAUGAAGUCUGCUGCGACUGUGGUGCACCAGAGCCUAAAUGGUUAUCCACUAACCUGGGCAUCCUGACAUGCAUCGAGUGUUCGGGGAUUCACAGGGAAAUGGGAGUCCAUAUUUCACGCAUCCAAUCCAUGGAACUCGACAAACUCGGCACCUCUGAACUCUUGUUGGCUAAGAAUGUGGGUAACAGCAGUUUUAAUGAAAUAUUAGAAGGGAAUCUGCCGAGUCCUUCGCCGAAGCCAACACCGUCAAGUGACAUGACCGAGAGGAAGGAGUACAUAAACGCAAAGUAUGUGGAGCACAGGUUUGCUCGGAGGACAGCCACUACAGCCACAGCCAGACAGGGCGACUUGUACGAGGCCGUGAGAACUCGAGACCUGAUGGCUCUUAUUCAGCUCUAUGCAGAUGGAGUGGAGCUAAUGGAUCCAUUUCCAGAAGCACGACAGGACCCGGGAGAGACAGCGCUGCACUUUGCUGUGCGGACAUCAGACCAGACCUCUCUGCACCUGGUGGAUUUUCUUGUCCAAAACAGUGGAACUCCAGACAGACAGACGGAGAGUGGAAACGCUGCUCUCCAUUACUGCUGCACAUAUGAGAAGGCAGAGUGUCUCAAACUGCUGCUCAGGGGAAAACCAUCUAUUGACUUGGUGAAUCAAAAUGGGGAGACGGCUUUGGACAUUGCCAGACGACUGAAAAAUACACAGUGUGAAGAGCUACUGUUGGAGGCAGCAGCCGGGAGGUUUAAUCCUCACGUGCAUGUGGAGUAUGAGUGGAAUCUGAGGCUGGAGGAGAUCGACGAGAGUGACGAUGACCUAGAUGAUAAGCCCAGUCCGGUGAAGAAAGAGCGUUCUCCCCGACCUCAGAGCUUCUGUCAUUCCUCAAGCGUGUCCCCUCAGGAGAAGCUGUCUUUGCCAGGGUAUUUAGGACCCAGGGACAAACAGCGACUCUCCUACGGAGCCUUUGCUAAUCCCGUCUACAGCACCUCCACCGAUACACCUGCGUCUCCAGUAUCUGAGGGGCCCACAAUAGCCAGCAAGACCACUUCAAAAGCUCCAUCCACUGGACCGCCCACCUCCCUGCCGCUGGGAUCACAAUCGAGUGCAGGAGGCAGCUCCACUCUGUCUAAGAAGAGAGCGCCUCCUCCACCUCCCGGACACAAGCGCACACUCUCAGACCCCCCCAGCCCCGUACUUCAGGGCCCGCAGAGCAAAGGAAGUGAGUCCACACCUCCUUCUGCAAAUCGGACAUCCCCGGCCAAUAAGUUUGAGGGAAUUCAGCAGCAGCAAAGCACUUCUUCUAUGAACACAAAAGCAGCAUUUGGCCCACGAGUUCUUCCCAAACUACCUCAAAAAGUGGCACUACGAAAGAUCGACACAAUCCACCUCCCCUCAGUGGACAAGUCCAGUCCUGAUGUGCUGCAGAAAUCCCCACAGGCCCAGGACACUCCUCCCACCAGAGCUUCAGAUACAAUUACUAGACCCACUGAGCCGCCACCUAAAAUCCCACAACCCGCAGAACGCUCCCAGCCUGUGGAGGUGCCACAGAAACCGCAUAUCUCAGACCUCCCCCCCAAGCCACAGUUAUCUGAUCUUCCCCCAAAACCACAAUUGUCGGAUUUACCUCCCAAACCUCAGCUUUCUGACCUGCCCCCGAAACCUCAGCUUAAGGAUCUACCCCCUAAGCCGCAGCUCUCUGACCUCCCAUCCAAGCCUACGAUGUCUACAGCAGCUGAGACCACACAGAGGCAAACAGCGCAGGAUGAAACAAGUCCAAAGCCCCAGCUGACAGAGGUGCAGUCAUCCAGUCAGCAGGAGGAGCUUUCUCCAAGACAGGCCAGUGAGGACACUAAUGGUGCACCUGCAGGAGCUGUGGAGAUGCCAGUCCCGAUGCCACGGAAAAUAAACACAGUGGGCAAGAACAAAGUAAAGCGUGUGAAAACCAUCUACGAUUGCCAAGCGGAUAAUGACGAUGAGUUGACUUUUGUGGAGGGGGAGGUUAUAAUUGUUACAGGAGAGGAAGACCAGGAGUGGUGGAUCGGGCACAUAGAGGGGGAGCCUGAACGGAAAGGGGUCUUCCCAAUGUCGUUCGUGCACAUUCUGUCAGACUGACAGUGUAUAAGCGGCAGCCAAGAGGCUCUCUAACUAGCACAAGCUCCGCUCUCUCUGGCCUCACACUGGACUGUGGGCAUUGCCUCUGUACAUAGCUGCUGAAACCCAAACGGUCUCCAAACCAACGAAACAUGAAGUAUCAAACCCAUGCUCCCUUAAUCCUCAAGGUUGAAAUGUGUAAACUAUGUGUUGUUCAUAAACUGUGUUAUCCUGCCUACCAGUAUUAUCGUAGCCAUGGCAGCCCAGCAUGCCAAACUGGGUUUGCAGUAGCUAUACUUGGAAAUCUAGCACUUAACAUGUAUGCUGUAACUUUGUGUAUGUGUACACAUAUAGAAUUAUAUGUAUGUCCAUUUUAAGUGUGUCUCUGUACAUACAUAUGCACAGAUGUAAGUGUAUAUUUAUGUACGUAUGUAUAAUGUACAAGUGUGCAAAUGUGUUAACCCUGCUUGCUUAUGGAGCCAGAGUGACUUUUAAAAGAAAAAAAGAUCAUCUCUUGAAUUUUUCGAAGGCGUAAAUGAUGAGCAAGAAUACUUAAAGGGAUACUCCACCCCAAAAUGAAAAUUUUGUCAUUAAUCACUUACCCCCAUGUUGUUCCGAACCUGUAAAAGCUUCAUUCGUCUUCGGAACACAA